UAAUGUCUACUUUAAAAAACUAAUCAUAAUAAUAUUGUAUAUAGUAAUAAAAUUAAUAACAAGAAUAAUUAUAAACAAGUUUUAAAAAUUAAAUUAAAAAUUUUAAUAAAAUGAAGACUAAUUAUAAUAAUAAUUUUUAACUAAUUAAAAUAAUUCUACAUCCAUACCUACAUUUACAGAUUUUGCUUCAUAGAAUAGACUCUCUAAUAGUAUUAAAGUACCCUAAACAAUUAUAGAGUAAUAAAACUUAUAAAAAAAUCAAAUAUCUAUCGAAAAUAUAGCUAAUGAUAAAAUAUUAUAAUAUAAUAAGAAUUUAAUGGAAGGUUAAAAUAUGGCUUAAUAAUUAUUUAAAAAAAAUUACAAAAAUUAAAAUGAAAAUUCUUUUAGUUAAUCAGUCACAAAUACUCCCAGAAAAAUUAUAUAGAAAGACAAAUAUAAAUUAAUGUUAAUAAAUCAAUAAGAAAAUCAAGGAAAAGAAUAAAAUGGAAAUGUUAAAACUUACGUACGUUUCAGACCUAAUAAUUAAGCUGAACUAGAUUUAAAUAAUAACGGUUUGGGGCAAAAUGUUAUAAUAUUUAUUAAUUCUUAAAGCGUAAAAUUGAUUAAUGAUAGUUCCUCAAUAUAUGUUUUAGAUAAAAUAUUUCCUCCGGAAACAGUUUAGGAACUUAUAUAUGAAGAAAUAGCAGUAGAAGUAGUUAAUGAUGUAUUAAUAGGCUAUAAUGGGACCAUUUUUGCAUAUGGAGUUUCAGGAAGUGGAAAAUCUCAUACUAUGUUCGGAAAUAUAGAUGAUUAAUAAUAAUAGGGAAUUAUACCAAGAAUGUGUGAAUAGCUUUUUGAGAGUGUUAAUAAUGAAGAAAAUGAUUCUGAGUAUAUAAUUAAGUGCUCUAUGUUGGAAAUUUAUAAAGAGAAUUUAUAAGAUAGUUUGAAUAAUAUUGAAGAAAAAGUUGAAUUGAAAAUUAAAGAACAUCCAUAGAAAGGAAUUAUUGUCUAAGGACUUGCUUAAAGGAUUAUUUAGGAUGAAAAUGAACUUAUGGAUCUGAUAGAUUUUGGAUAUAAUAAUAGAUAAACUAGGGCUACAAAACUUAAUGAGUAUAGUUCAAGAUCUCAUACAAUUUUUAUGGUUUAAAUUACAUAAAAAUUCCCUAAUGGAGCGGAAAAAAAUGGAAAGUUAAACUUAAUUGAUUUAGCAGGAUGUGAAAAAGUGUCUAAAAGUGGUGCAGUUGGUGAAGGAUUAGAAGAGGCAAUAAAAAUUAAUGUUUCUUUGACUUGUUUAGGUAAAGUUAUUCAUGCUUUGACUUCAGGUUAAGAUUAUAUUCCUUAUAGAGAUUCUAAAUUAACUAGAAUUUUAUAAGAAUCUUUAGGUGGAAAUUAUAAGACUUCUCUUAUUGUAACAUGCUCCAUGCAUUCUAAGUUUUAAGAUGAUACUAUUUCAUCUCUUAAAUUUGCUACUAGAGCUAAAAAAAUUAAUAAUCAUUAUAAAUAAGCUUUGAUAAAUGUAAGAGAAGAUCUUAAUAAUAUACCUCCUUAAACAAUAUGUGAUAAAAUAAAAAACAUAAAAAAUGAAUUAGAUAUGCUUUUAGAUAUUAAAAACUAAAUAAAUUACUAGUAAAGUUUUAAUUAAUUAAAUUCUAAUUCAGCAAUUGGUGUUUCUUAAAAUAUUUUAUAAAGUGAUAUUUUAAUUAAAGAUAAUAGUAUUAUAGGUUGUGGAAAUAAUUUAUUUUAAAUAAAAUUAAAAGUAAAAGACGAAUAAAUAAAUUCUUAGAAAUAAAGUAUUAAUGAUUUAGAAGAAAAAAACAAAUAAUUAUAAAUAGAAAUCCUUUUAAUUAAAAAAUAAAAUUUUUAAAUAUAAAAUUAAUUGAAUGAACUUAAUAAUGAGAAAAAUGUUAUAUAGGCUUAACAUUGUAAAGAAGUCAUAAAAAAUAAUUUUAAUAAAUUUUAGUUGGAAAUUUUAUAAAAAUAAAUAUAAAAAUUAAUUGAUUAAAUUUUAAAAUUAGAAAAAUAAAAUUAAUAAUUGCUCUUAGAAAAAAAAAAUAUUUAUGAUACAAAUUUUGACAAUUUAUUAAAAAAUAAAAUCAGCUUUUCAGAAAUUAAAUUAGCUGAUUAUUUAAAUAAAAAUAUGAAAUUAAAUCUUGAAGUUAUAUAUAUAUAUAUAUAUAUAUAUAUAUAUAUAUAUAUAUUAUUUAUAUAUAUAUAUUAUAUUUAGACUGUAAAUAAUAAGGAUUUUUAAAGAGUCAAAAAUAUAACAUUAGAUAAAUUUGAUGAAGAUAUGCUUUUAGAUUAGUCUGAAAACAAUCAAAGUGAUACUUAAUCAUUAUCAUAAUACGAUAAUGAUUAAUUUAUAUCAAAUUUUGAAUAUCGUUAAGAAAUUGAAAACGCUGAAAAAAAUAUUCUUCCCUUAACAUAUGAAAAUGCAAUAUUAGAUAUUUAAGAAAAAAAUAAUUUAGUUUGA